AUGGGGAGCAUAGCGACUGAGAAUGGAGCGGCGGGUGCGGCGGAGGAGCAGAUGGAUGCGGUGCAGCAGCGACUCAUGUUCGACGACGAGUACGUCACAAUCCACUGUAACGAGCAACGUGCAGCGUGCAAGGUGACGUUCCCGCUGGUGUGGACCAACACGUGCUGCAGCCACCCGCUGUACCGCCCAGAGGAGAUGGAGGAGGCGAACGCGCAGGGAGUGCGCGUGGCGGCGCGGCGCAAGCUGGAGGACGAGCUGGGGAUCGACCCGGACACGGUGGACGUGUCGGCGUUCACAUGCCUUGGCCGCAUGCACUACAAAGCUCCUUCUGACGGGAAAUGGGGCGAGCAUGAGAUUGACUACCUCCUUGUACUCAAGGCUGACUUGAAGGCCACCCCAAACCCUAACGAGGUGGCUGCUGUAAGAUUUGUGGAUAGAGAGGAGUUGAAGGAGCUGGUGCGCAAGGCAGACAAUAAGGAGGACGGGGUGGUGCUGUCGCCGUGGUUCCGUCUUGUAGUGGACCGGUUCCUGCCUGCCUGGUGGGACCAUCUAGAUGCGGGCACACUCUCAGAGGACUAUUCCGACGGCAAGGAGCUCGUGGUCUUCCUUAUAGAUGCGGGACCGGACAUGUUCCUGCCUUACCACGACGACCAGGAGGAGGUUGAAGCAGGAGUCAGUUUGGGGACUCAAACCAGUGCGGCCAGCUCAGAAAGGCAGAGAGCAGGGGAGGACACGGGGGGUGCCGGCAAAAGGACGUAUUUCGAGGAGGUGGUGCGAGCGCUGGUGGGCGACCUGAAGACGAGGAUCAUCUCCCGGGAGAGCGACCUCAUCUCACUCGCAUUCUUCAACACGCGCGCAAAGCAGAAUAUGCAAUCCGCAGAGGGCGUGUUUGUGUUUCAGGACAACCAGCAAACAUCUGCUCAGCUCAUCAGAGACCUCUCCAACCUUCCAGGUGGGUCGUCCAAGGCCUUCUGCGCACAGGCACCGCCCUGUUGCGCUCGUGUGCCUCCCGUCUCCUCUGCCCAGCCCACCAUCAGUUCUGCGUCACGAGGCUCCACGUCACAGGAGGUGCUGAAGAACGUGCUUCUCUUCUCCAAUGACAGGGAUCCCUCUGGGGCCAUACAGGAGGUGCUGAAGAACGUGCUUCUCCUCACCAAUGACGACCGUCCCCAGCCAUUCUCCUCCACGUCACAGGAGGUGCUGAAGAACGUGCUUCUCUUCACCAAUGACGAUGACCCCUUUGGAGCGAUCACCAACGAGGGAGUGCAGAGCGACAUGCGGCGCACCACCACACAAAAGGCCAAGGACGCACGUGACCUGGCCAUUGUGUUUGACCUCUUUCCUCUCAGCCGCCCAGGGGAGAAGUUCAACGUCAACAUCUUCUAUGCGGACAUGCUAGGCUUUGAUGAUUCGCAACGAGCGGGCUUCCAACCAGAGGAGCACAGGCGAGUGCCUUCACAACCACUCUAG